GACAUGUUUGAUCACGAUGACAUGACGGAGGGGAGGAGGAGGAGGAACAGGAACAGGGCCUGAAGCUGUACCUUCACACUCAGAAAAUACACCCACACAUUUAAGGGCUGUUGUGUCCCCCCCAAAACACCCGGAUCUGCUGAGCAGCCACAGAUCAUUCAAUGUCCACACCAACAGAUCCGGGUGCGAUGCCCCACCCAGGGCCUUCUCCAGGGCCGGGACCAUCUCCAGGACCUAUACUAGGGCCAAGCCCAGGACCGGGGCCAUCUCCUGGAUCAGUACAUAGCAUGAUGGGCCCAAGUCCCGGACCACCUAGUGUACCUCACCAACUUCCCAACAUGGGCCCAUCAGAUUACCCACAGGAGGGCAUGCAUCAGAUGCAUAAGCCACCCAUUGACAGCAUGCACGAUAAAGGAAUGGCUGAGGAUAUGCAUUGUGGGACCAUGAAGGGUUCAAACAUGAGACCACCCCAUGCAGGAAUGGGUCCUCCUCAGAGCCCCAUGGAUCAACACAGUCAAGGAUAUAUGUCACCGCACCCUUCCCCUUUGGGAGCACCUGAACAUGUAUCCAGUCCAAUGUCUGGGGGUGGUCCAACUCCUCCACAAAUACCACCAACGCAACCAGGUCUCAUAAUGCAAGGAGAUCCACAAGUUAUAAGUCAGCCAAGCCGGGGUCCUUCGGCAUUUAGCCAGGGCCAGCUUCAUCAGCUAAGGGCUCAGAUUUUAGCCUACAAGAUGCUGGCGAGAGGACAGCCUUUGUCUGAGAACCUGCAACUUGCUGUACAAGGGAAGAGGACACUGCCUGCCAUUCAACAGCCGCAACCGCAGCAGCCGCAACCUCAGCAGCCACCGCCGCAGCAGCCCGCUGCUAAUUAUAACAGGCCACCUGGUAUGGGAAUGCAUCCCAUGGCCGUCCCUCCUACCGGGGCAGGACCAGCACCAGGAAUGCCAGGACAUGCUGCUAGUAUGACUCCAAAACCUUGGGCAGAAGGACAAGGUCCUGACAUGAGUGUUCCAAGCACUCCCCAGAAGCUUGUGGUGCCACCUCCUAGUGGGAGACCUUCUCCUGCACCACCAGCUGCUCCUCCAACUGUUGCUCUACCUGGUCCAUCUGUUCCUCAGCCAACUCCUGGACAACCAGCACCGAUUAUUCAGCUCCAGCAGAAACAAAAUCGGAUUAGCCCUAUCCAGAAGCCUCAGGGCCUUGACCCUGUUGAAAUACUCCAGGAAAGAGAAUACAGGCUUCAAGCUCGCAUUGCUCACAGGAUUCAAGAGCUGGAAAACCUGCCAGGCUCCCUGCCUCCUGAUUUGCGAACCAAGGCUACAGUGGAAUUGAAAGCCCUUCGACUUCUGAACUUCCAGCGUCAACUAAGGCAGGAAGUUGUUGCAUGCAUGCGUCGGGACACCACGCUCGAGACCGCCCUGAACUCUAAGGCUUACAAGCGAAGCAAGAGGCAAACUCUACGUGAAGCCCGGAUGACUGAGAAGCUGGAGAAGCAGCAGAAAAUUGAACAGGAAAGGAAACGUAGACAAAAGCACCAGGAAUAUCUCAACAGUAUAUUGCAGCAUGCUAAAGACUUUAAAGAGUAUCACCGAUCUGUUACUGGAAAAAUUCAGAAACUGUCUAAAGCAGUUGCAACAUGGCAUGCAAACACAGAGCGCGAGCAAAAGAAAGAGACCGAGCGCAUUGAGAAGGAGAGAAUGAGAAGGCUAAUGGCAGAAGAUGAAGAAGGCUACCGUAAGCUGAUUGACCAGAAGAAAGAUCGGCGUCUGGCCUACCUUUUGCAGCAGACUGACGAGUAUGUGGCCAACCUGACUAGCUUAGUGUGGGAACACAAACAAGCACAGGCUGCCAAGGAGAAAAAGAAAAAAAGGAGAAAGAAGAAGGUGGAGGAGAAUGUAGAAGGAAUGGGGUCUGGCCUUGGUCCUGAUGGGGAGUUUAUAGAUGAGAGCAGUCAGAUGAGUGACCUGCCUGUGAAAGUUAUACAUACUGAAACAGGAAAAGUACUGCUUGCACCAGAGGCACCCAAAGCUAGUCAGCUUGAUACAUGGCUGGAAAUGAACCCGGGAUAUGAAGUGGCCCCGAGGUCUGACAGCGAGGGCAGUAGUUCUGAGUAUGAAGAGGAGGAGGAUGAUGAAGAAUCAAAUAAAAUGGAAACAGAUGAAAAGAAACACUUGGUUCUGAAUAAGGAAGACGUUGAGGAGAGCAGUGCUAAGCACAUUAUUGAGACAGCCAAGCAAGAUGUGGAUGAUGAGUACAGCAUGCAGGCAGACCCUCGCCAGUCUCAGUCCUAUUAUGGGGUGGCUCAUGCCAUCAUAGAGAGGGUAGAGAAACAAGCAAGUCUUCUUGUCAAUGGAACCCUGAAGCAUUACCAGAUUCAGGGCUUGGAAUGGAUGGUUUCUUUAUAUAACAACAAUUUAAAUGGCAUUCUUGCUGAUGAAAUGGGGCUUGGAAAAACAAUUCAGACUAUUGCACUCAUAACAUAUCUGAUGGAGCACAAGAGGCUUAAUGGCCCUUAUCUCAUUAUUGUUCCACUUUCGACAUUAUCUAAUUGGCAAUAUGAAUUCGAUAAAUGGGCUCCUUCUGUCGUGAAAAUCGCUUACAAGGGUACACCUGCCAUGAGACGCUCUUUAGUUCCCCAGCUCAGGAGUGGGAAGUUUAAUGUGCUCCUGACAACCUAUGAGUACAUAAUCAAGGACAAGCACAUUCUUGCAAAGAUCCGAUGGAAGUACAUGAUUGUGGAUGAAGGCCACCGGAUGAAGAAUCACCACUGCAAGCUCACUCAGGUCUUGAACACCCACUACGUUGCUCCAAGACGCAUACUGUUGACGGGAACCCCUCUUCAAAACAAACUUCCAGAGCUGUGGGCCCUUUUGAAUUUCCUUCUGCCGACCAUCUUCAAAAGCUGCAGCACCUUCGAGCAGUGGUUCAAUGCUCCUUUUGCCAUGACAGGAGAGAGGGUGGAUUUAAAUGAAGAAGAAACCAUCCUGAUCAUAAGACGUUUACAUAAGGUGUUGCGUCCAUUCUUGCUGAGGAGAUUGAAAAAGGAAGUCGAGUCGCAGUUACCCGAAAAGGUGGAAUAUGUCAUUAAAUGCGAUAUGUCGGCUCUUCAGAAGGUCCUAUACCGACACAUGCAGGGGAAGGGGAUCCUUCUCACAGAUGGAUCAGAAAAAGAUAAGAAGGGCAAAGGUGGAGCAAAAACACUUAUGAACACCAUCAUGCAGCUAAGAAAAAUAUGCAACCAUCCAUUUAUAUUCCAGCACAUCGAGGAAUCUUUUGCUGAACAUCUUGGUUACGGCACUGGAAUCAUUAAUGGGCCUGAUCUUUACAGAACCUCAGGAAAGUUUGAGUUACUUGACCGAAUACUACCAAAGCUGCGAGCCACAAAUCAUCGGGUUCUACUUUUCUGUCAGAUGACAUCACUCAUGACUAUCAUGGAAGACUACUUUGGUUUCCGGGGCUUCCUUUACCUGCGACUAGAUGGUACAACCAAAUCAGAAGACCGUGCUGCUUUGCUGAAAAAGUUUAAUGAAGAAGGCUCUCAAUUCUUCAUCUUCUUGCUGAGCACCAGAGCUGGAGGCCUUGGUCUUAAUCUUCAGGCUGCAGACACAGUCGUCAUAUUCGACAGUGACUGGAAUCCUCAUCAGGACUUACAGGCACAAGAUCGAGCCCACAGAAUCGGCCAGCAGAAUGAGGUGCGAGUGCUACGUCUGUGCACCGUCAACAGCGUAGAGGAAAAGAUUCUAGCAGCUGCAAAAUACAAGCUGAACGUCGAUCAGAAGGUUAUCCAAGCUGGCAUGUUUGAUCAGAAGUCCUCAAGCCAUGAACGGAGGGCGUUCCUUCAAGCUAUAUUGGAACACGAGGAGCAAAAUGAGGAAGAAGAUGAAGUUCCUGAUGAUGAAACUCUGAAUCAAAUGAUUGCACGAAAUGAGGAAGAAUUUGAACUUUUUAUGCGUAUGGACCUGGAUCGGCGUAGGGAAGAUGCCCGUAAUCCAAACCGCAAACCACGUCUGAUGGAAGAAGAUGAUCUGCCCUCAUGGAUCAUUAAAGAUGAUGCUGAAGUUGAGAGGCUCACUUGUGAAGAAGAAGAGGAAAAGAUGUUUGGAAGAGGCUCUCGCCAGCGUCGAGAUGUGGAUUAUAGCGAUGCCCUCACGGACAAACAGUGGCUUAGGGCUAUCGAGGACGGCAAUUUGGAGGAAAUGGAAGAAGAAGUACGGUUGAAGAAGCGCAAGCGAAGAAGAAAUGUUGACAAAGAUUCUGUUAAAGAAGAUGGGGAAAAGAUCAAGAAGAGAAGGGGGAGACCUCCUGCCGAAAAAUUAUCUCCAAACCCACCCAAGCUGACCAAACAGAUGAAUGCUAUAGUUGAUACAGUAAUAAACUACAAGGAUAGCUCUGGUCGGCAGCUGAGUGAAGUUUUCAUACAACUUCCAUCUAGAAAAGAAUUACCAGAGUAUUACGAGUUGAUUCGAAAACCUGUUGACUUCAAAAAAAUAAAGGAAAGGAUUCGCAAUCACAAAUACAGAAGUAUAAGCGACCUUGAGAAAGAUGUCAUGUUAUUAUGCCACAAUGCACAGACGUUCAAUUUGGAGGGUUCCCAGAUCUAUGAAGAUUCCAUUGUCCUACAAUCCGUCUUCAAGAGUGCAAGACUGAAGAUUGCUAAAGAGGAAGAGAGUGAAGAUGAUAGCAAUGAUGAGGAAGAUGAAGAGGAUGACGAUGAAUCAGAGUCUGAAUCAAAAUCUGUGAAAGUGAAAAUUAAAUUGAAUAAGAAGGAUGAGAAGACCCGUGACAAAGGAAAAGGAAAGAAACGCCCCGGUCGUGGAAAAGCAAAGCCGGUUGUGAGUGACUAUGACAGUGAUGAGGAUCAAGAUGAGAAUGACCAGUCAGAAGGAAGUGGAAGUGAUGACGAGUGAUCUUCUUAUGGCCCAUUUUUGGGGCAGAAUUCAGUUUCAACCCAUUCUCUGUGUUUUUUUCUAAAAUAAACAAUGGGGUUGUUUCUGUAUGUUCAUCGUUCUAGAAGUUAAACUUAGAAUAGUGUCAAACAAAACUGGUAUCAGUGUGUAAAAAAAAACUAAACAUCCUUUGUAAAAUAUUGUGACCAAUACGGGCCGGCCAACAUGAAACAAGUUUUUGAUGGAAAACUGUGGAUCAAUAAUAUAUUUCUGUGGUCAUGUUCAAUGGGGGGGAAAUGGUUUCUCUCUGUCUGAUUUCAUACAUCGAGGUGCAGCUAUAACAUCGCAAAACUGAAGACAUGAGAUUUUGUAGCAGUGUCUAUCGGGACAAAACAACAAAGUAACUGGUUCUUUUAUUUUUCGUCAGGCAAUUUUUAGCGGUUUUACGUUGCUGUGGUUCAGUAUUUUUUAUUGUUAUUGUAUUUCGUCUUGUUUUUAGUUUCCCAUCAUUAUUGUGGUGCAUGUAUGCAACUUUAAAUGCUAGUUAACCCUUUUGGUGCUGAAUGGGCCAACAGUAUAUUGCUUUGAAUGCAUAGGCUCAAACAGCUCGCUCAAACAGGUGUUAAAUUGCAGUAGUUAUAUUCCAUUAUGUCUCCCUUCCCGUUUUUUCUCCUUCCCUGUUUGUUUUUUCAUUUUACCUUUUUUUAAUUAAAACUAUUUGAUUGCAGUUUGUCUAAAAUCUAUAUAAACUAAAUAAUCAGUUGUUUUUUUUCUUUCGUUUUACUAUUUCUACUUGUUAUGAAGUUUGGAUAAACUUGUUAUUAAGUGUUGCAAAAUAUACUUAGUGUAAUGGAACGCUUAUCUUUGCCCCCCUUCCCUCCUCUCCUUAUUCAUACUGACCUUUGUCACCAAUGUGGAUAAUCAGCUUUUCCCUAAAGUGUACUUAAUCUUUGCUUUCUUUGCACAAUGUCUUUGGUUGCGAUUCAUAAGCCUGAGGCAAAUAAAAUUCCAGCAAUUUUGAGAGAAAAAA